AUGGGUCGUCUUAUCAAGAACCACUGGGCUCGCCUCAUCGUCAUGAGCGCUGCAGUUUACCAGUUUGGAGCCGCUCUCGAGGGUUUCUUCUGGCCCAAGAUCUUUUGGGACUUUUUGACCAAGACCCUGGAUCCGGCCGUCAAGCCUAUACCGGUACUGCAGAUUAUCAAUCUGAUCAUGUCGGUGUUCAUGGUGGCCCUCGAAUGGCCCAUGCCUCUUAUCGCCGGCAGCGCGAUCCACCGCAGUCUGGAGUUCCGCCUCAUCAUGCUCCCUCUCACGACCCUCGCCGCCGCCCUCAUCUACCAAGGCACCAACGCUGCCCUUUACUACCUCAUCGCUCUCGUCGUCUACUUCUGGGCCUACAGCGAAGGAGAGAUCAUCUGCGCUAAGCCCUGGACACUCCCCCAAAGAGGCGCUCGCGGCAAGGUCUAA